UCGUCGUUCAACUGCUCAGGAAGAGGAAAACUGAUAGCCGGAUUCAUUUUCUGUAUUUACGAGUUUCAUUUGGAAAAAUGGAUAAUGAAGCUGCCCAUGGAAUGACAAAACGCGCUAAACUUUCUGAUAAGGAGACCAUGGUUGAAGAUGGAUCCAUUGAACAUGUUCCAGAGGAAGAAAACGAGCCAAGGGCUUCAAAUUCGGAACAAGUGGAAAUGGAGAUUGCUCUAAUCCUCGAGAAGAUCAAUAAUUUCACUCAAAUGGUGUCAGAACUGCUAGAAUCAGGAAAGUCAAUGCUGAAGGAACUGACGAAUGAAUUUGAAGAGAGGAUGAUCUUAAUACAUAAGGAACAGAUGGAGAAGUGGCAGGACGAGAUUAAGGAACUUCGCUUACUUGAUUCUGCAAAUGAGGAGAUUGAUGCUCUCUUACACAACGCUAAAUAUAUGCUCCAGAACAUCCAUGUUGGCUAAAACAGAGAAGCAUGUGUAAGUUUUCAGUACAUAGAGUUUGGAUCUAAUAUUCAACCACUUGUUGCACUAUAAUAGUAGUAAUAUUAGUACGAAUUUAAUUUGGUAUUAUGGUUCUCAUUAUGGUGUAUGUUUUGAGCGACUCUUGUAUUUUGUCGAAUGAAAGUUAAGGCUUUUUGAUCAGGCUCUCCAA